UUCACGGUCCCGGCUGCUGUUUAACUUGUUGCUGAAUGUUUUUAAAAAACGUGUAAAAUAUUAAAAUACAAACAUGCGUAAUCUACAGCUGUGGCGUAGUUCGGCACAAAAACUUGAUUAUUUAUGUGAAGAAAUAGCUUGCGUAUGUUAUGGUCACCAUGGGGGCUGUCCACCAGGAGAAUUGUUUUUGUGCACACAUAACCUUAUAGUUCGGUGUUUUAGUAACCAAGGAAGGCUGAAAUGGUCAAAGGAUCUAUCAGAAAUUUCAUCAAUCCGAAAUAUGCCUAUUAGCAUGGCUUAUCUUAGUUUGGUAAAUACAUUAAGUGUUGGGCUCUCAAAUGGGGAGUUAUUUGGAAUGACUGAGACUGGUGCUAAUUGCGAAUUAAAGGGUAUUUGUGAAGACGGCCUUUUGGCAAAGGAAUGGAGCCACGAUCAGGAAACGUUAGCUCUAGUUACAAAAGACUACAAAGUUAUGGUCAUGUCCUGCACAUAUGACACAGUAAAUCAAGUGAAUCUUAUUUCGGAUGAAUUUGGUGCAAAGGAAUUUAUCACCGUUGGUUGGGGUAAAAAAGAAACGCAGUUCCAUGGUUCAGAAGGCAAAGAAGCUGCUAAGGCGCAAAAUGACGCGACUGUUGAUAAUGAAGCCACCGUGAGUGAUAAAAUAUUAAUAUCUUGGAAGUAUCAUGGCAGUUUAUUUGCUGUUGGCUUCCGUAUGCAGGGUGCCAGAAGAUUUAAAGUUUUUGAUAAGGGAGGAAAGCUUCUAUAUACAAGUGAGAAGCAACCGGGUGUCGAACCUAUUAUAGCGUGGCGCCCUAGCGGCAAUUUUGUUGCUACAACUCAAAAACUCCCAGACCGAUACAUCGUCAGUUUCUUUGAAAAAAACGGCCUAAAACAUCGUGAUUUUGAAAUACCUGUUACAGACAUACAGGUAGAAAACAUUCUUUGGAGUCAAGAUUCUGAAAUAUUGACUCUUGUUUGCAAGGAGUCGCCACUGGGUAAUCAGAAGAUCUUGUUGUUCACAAGCAGUAAUUAUCAUUGGUAUCUCAAACAAACUUUGACAUAUAAUCCACAUCAAACAAUCAGCAAAGUUUUAUGGGACAAUGAUUUUGAUGUGUCCAAUAAUAAAAAGUUACACGUUCUAUUUAAGAGUGGUAAAUAUUACACCUAUACAUGGGUUUGGGAUGUGAAUCAUAGCAAUGGCCGGUGUGAGAAGGAUGAUGCUGUCGUUGGUGUUAUUGAUGGAAAGAAAAUGCUAUUGUCAUCCUUCAGACAUUCCAUUGUACCACCUCCAAUGGCAAAUUUAGAAAUUGAAACGGAUAAUAAUAUUGACUCUAUUGUUUUCCUAUUAAUACCUCAGGAAGAUGAUGAGUACAAUAAAUUUUUCGUUUGCUCAUCAAAUACGUUAACGUUUUAUGAUCAAGUACAAAAGAAACCACUCGAUUAUAAAAUUACAAAAACUAUUGUUGUGAAUAAAUUUGAUUUUCCAUUUCAAUAUUACAACUGGUAUUGGUGGAAAAAAAAUACUGUGAUUGUUAUCGCAUUAGACGUCGAAAGUAAUUACAAAAUGAUAGAAUAUGAAAUAUUGGAAGAUUCACUGAAAAUUGUAAGAACAAAAGCUUUGCCUGCAGCUGUUGUCAGGAUCCAUUCUCACCCAUUAAUACCAAAGGUAUAUAUGCACUUGGAGACAGGAAAAAUAAUAGCAUACAAUUCAGAUGGAUUGUUGGAAGAUCUCGCUGAAUCAUUUCCUGCUGCUUGUCCCAAAUUUGGUGUACUACCUAUUGGGGAUCUGGGAUAUUUUAUUGGUCUAACUCACAGGGGUCUUUUAUAUCUUCAAGAUAAAGUCAUUAUGAAUAAUGUCGCUUCCGUUUUUAUACAUACUGACUAUUUCCUCAUUACAUCAAUGAAGAACUUUAUGCUUUGUACCAAACUUACUCAGGAGGGAUUAGAAGCUGUUAUUGAUUAUGAUGAUACUGAAUCACCUGAUGUUUACAAAAGGAGAGUAGAGAGAGGCUCAAGAAUAAUCGUUGUAGUACCAAACGAUACCAGAACAGUGUUGCAAAUGCCACGCGGAAAUCUAGAAGUCAUUGAACCAAGACCACUGUCACUUAAAAUAGUUGGUGAACACUUAAAUUCACUUAAGUAUUAUGAAGCAUUUGAUUUAAUGCGAAAACAGAGAAUCAACCUGAAUCUAAUGUAUGAUCACAAUCCACAACUAUUCAUUGAAAACCUUGAUAAAUUCUUGGAUGCAAUCAAAAAUAAUUCAUGGCUUAGUCUUUUCCUGACAGACUUGGAAAAUAAGGAUACAACCAAAACAAUGUAUGCGACUAGUUAUAUCAACAUGGAGGGUAACAAGGACUGUGAUAAGAAGAUAAACUUCAUUUGUAAUAUGAUUAGAGACCGUUUAAACACAGCACCCGAUAGAUCUUCUAGGGUAUUGCCGUUAUUGACAACAUAUGUAAAACAAAAUACAAUUCAAGAUUUAGAGAAAGCAUUGCUCAUAAUAAAAGAGCUUAAAAACGAGGAGUUAAAUGGAAUUAGGCUGCCCGUAUCUUCGGAUGAAGCUUUGAAAUAUUUACUUUACAUUGUGGAUGUGAACAAGCUAUUUGAUGUUGCCUUGGGGAUGUAUGACUUUGAUCUUGUGCUGUUAGUUGCCAAUAAGUCGCAGAAAGAUCCGAAAGAAUACAUGCCAAUGUUAAACGACUUGAAUGGUAUGGAUGAGAAUUACAAACGAUUCACGAUAAACAAAAAUUUAAAGAGAUAUCUAAAAGCUGUGGAAUGUCUCAUAAAAUGUGGACCCAGCAAACAUGAUGAACUGAAAACAUUCGUGAAAUACCACAGCCUUUACAGAGAUGCGCUAAAAAUGUUAACUCCAAGGGACUACAUUUACAAGCAGAUAUGUGACGAUUUUGGCUUAUUUUUGAAAUUGAAGAAGCAAUUCUUAGAAGCCGGUAUUAUGUUCGAGAGGGCUGACAAUAUUGAAAAAGCUGUAGAAUGUUACAAAGAAUCUUUGGAAUGGGAAUUGGCUUUAAAAUUGGUACAACAUUUGCCAAGAGAUGAAUUUAAAGAAAUUUGCUGUGAUUUCGUUGGUGCUUUGAAACAAGAAAAACGUCACAAGGAAGCAUUGAGAAUCUUGGAAAUGGCUGGUGAUAAUGAAAUGGAAAUGAUAAUGUAUGCAACAGAGAAUGGGGAGUUUAAGUCUGCUAUAAGAAUGUGUUAUACUUACGACAUGCAUGAAAUGCUAGAAACGGAAGUGACACCAGCUAUCCUAGAAGAAUACAACAAUCUCAAAGAUUUAUUGGAGACGAAUUUGGCAAACUUUAAAACCUACAGAGACCGUUUGGAAGUAGUGCGAGUUAGUAAGAAAAAUAUGCCCGCACGGAAUGACAUUAAUAUCCCAUAUUACAGCAGAGAUUAUGACUUAUAUUCAGAUUUCGGAAGCACCAUUGGCUCCUCAACCGGAUCAAGCCGUUCCUACCGCUCAAGCAAGAAUCGCAGGAAACAUGAACGUAAAGUGGCAUCUCUAAAGGAAGGAUCUCAGUUUGAAGACACGGCUCUUGUCAUGGCUCUGCACACUUUGGUCUCGUCUACAUUUGAACUACGAUCCCAUGUACGGGAAAUUAAUUUGGCCCUUUGUGGCGUGUAUAAGGAUGAAGAGGCUAGGAUACUUCAGUAUCUUUUAGAGGCAGUGAUGCAAGAGAUGAAAGAAAGUUUCAACCAGAUUUGGACAAAUAAUCUCGUAAUAGAAGCCACAACUGCGGUGAUUGCAGCUGAACUGAGUCUUCCAGAAGGUGUCAGUAUAAUUAAACAGGGAAUUGCUACUUUGGAACCACACGUGAGAAUUGCUCCUGUAAUACAAGAUGUGCGCUGGAAACUAGAUUUGGAUUAAAUGUAGCCUAUCAUUAUAAUUAGCUUUUACUGUCUUUAUGUAUUCAGAAUAGCAUCGAAAAUACAAUAAUUGUAUUGUAGGCACGUAAAUUUAUAUGUGUAGUAUUUUAAUUGUACAGUUAUUGUUACUUCUUCCUGGGGUAAUAUAAAUUAUGUUUAUAGUUAUUUUACUUUUAAAUAUUUUUUUUUAUGUUGUUGUGAUUUUAUAUAAUAUCUACUCAAACAUUACAUGAAAUAGGAAUUUAAAAUAGAUUUAAAGACAUUCAGGGCACUUAUGCAUAUCUUCCUAUACAGGGUGGAAGGUUAAGAUGGGGCAUGAAGGGCAGGUACCUUAACCGUUGUAGCUACAUGAAAACUUUCUUAGGAGACUAUCCUUAAAUUCUUGAGAAAUUUUAAUCUACAUUCACAGAUUUUUUAAAAAAUGUACGGUCAGCAAAGAAAUCGGCAGUUUUCAAAAAAAAAUUUUUUGAUGCCAAUCGAUCCAGUUUCUCAUGGGGAUCAAAACACUCUAAAAGACCAACUGAGGUAUGAGUACUAGAAAAGUCAGAAAUCGCGAAAAACUAUUUCCACACAUUCACUAAGAAAAUAAGUGAUUCAACAAAAGAUGCGCUAAUAGAAAACUCCAAAGAGAUUUUCAGGCUUCAAUAUUUUUUGUUUCUGAUUAUUAAAACACAUACCGACAAUAAGAAGAAACAUUAAUUUAAUUAAACGGGUGUCAAAGAAAAUAAAAAAUAACAAAAUAAUAACAAAAAACAUACAUUGCGUAUUCUCAUUCAAUACUCGUGAACGACGCGGACGUGUCAAGCUUUUCUUAAAUGAGCCACUUUCUGCUAGAUUUUUUACAAGAUUCGCAAUUACCUUUCGCGUCG